AAAGCCAGCGGAGGAUAGGGAGCAGAGCCCAGGGUCCCGGAGAAGUCCCGCCCUCUCUGGAACCCCCGGGGCAGAGGCAGCCCAGCUGGGGGGAGGAGAGAAAUGCGGCGGGUGGUAAAGGCCGAGGCGGCGGGUUCGCGGGCGAGGCCCCUUUAAGGCUCUCCCCUCCCACCGGCGGCGCCGGCCUCCGCCCGCCGCUCUCCCCGCCCCGGGGUCCCGGCGAGAGCUGCGAUUGGGCGGGCGCGGCGAUGCCUUUGAAGUGUAGCUGCCGAUCGCGGCUAUUUGACGUGCGGCUCGCGAAAGGCGAAGGUUUUUGUGUUGCUCGCCGGGGCUAGCAGCGGUGGCGACGGCGGUGGCGUCGUCGUCGUUGGAGGAGGGGUGGAGGCGCAGCGACUGCUGCACCGCGCUCGGCGCUGCGGAGCGAGCCCACCCGCCCCGGGAGUUCGCCUCCCGGUGCUCCCCCUCCCUCCCCGCCCCCCCAGUGGCGCUGCCUCCUCCAAAUGAGCGAUUCGCCCGCUGGAUCUAACUCAAGGACACCCGAAAGCAGCGGCAGCGGCGGCGGCGGGAAGAGGCCGGCAGUGCCGGCGGCGGUGUCCCUCUUGCCCCCGGCGGACCCCCUGCGCCAGGCGAACCGGCUCCCUAUCAGGGUCCUGAAGAUGCUGAGCGCUCACACCGGCCACCUCCUGCACCCGGAGUACCUGCAGCCGCUGUCCUCCACUCCCGUCAGCCCCAUUGAGCUGGACGCCAAGAAGAGUCCUUUGGCGUUGCUGGCCCAGACUUGCUCACAGAUCGGCAAGCCGGAUCCGCCGCCCUCGUCCAAGCUCAACUCGGUAGCGGCGGCCAACGGGCUGGGAGCGGAGAAGGACCCUGGCCGCUCGGCCUCGGGCGCCGCCUCCGCGUCUGCGGCGCUCAAGCAGCUGGGGGACUCCCCGGCCGAGGACAAGUCCAGCUUCAAGCCCUACUCCAAGGGCUCCGGAGGCGGCGAUUCCCGCAAAGACAGCGGCUCCUCUUCCGUGUCCUCCACCUCCUCUUCCUCCUCCUUGUCCCCGGGAGACAAGGCGGGCUUCAGGGUCCCCAGCGCCGCCUGCACGCCCUUUCCCCCGCAUGGAGCGCCGGUCUCCGCGUCGUCGUCCUCGUCCUCUCCCGGCGGCUCCCGGGGCGGUUCCCCGCACCACUCUGACUGCAAGACCGGCGGCGGGGGCGCCGGCGGAGAGCUGGACAAGAAGGACCAGGAGCCCAAGCCCAGCCCGGAGCCCGCGGCCGUGAGCCGAGGCAGCGGUGGGGAGCCGGGCGCGCAUGGAGGCGGCACCGAGGCCGGGGCCUCCGGGCGCAAGUCGGAGCCGCCCUCCGCGCUGGUGGGGGCCGGCCACGUGGCGCCGGUGUCGCCCUACAAGCCGGGCCACUCGGUGUUCCCGCUGCCACCCUCCAGCAUCGGCUAUCACGGCUCCAUCGUGGGCGCCUACGCCGGCUACCCGUCUCAGUUCGUGCCUGGCCUGGAUCCGAGCAAGUCUGGCCUCGUGGGAGGCCAGUUGUCGGGGGGCCUGGGCCUGCCCCCGGGCAAGCCCCCCAGCUCCAGCCCGCUCACCGGGGCCUCCCCGCCGUCCUUCCUGCAGGGAUUAUGCCGCGACCCCUACUGCCUGGGAGGUUACCACGGCGCCUCGCACCUCGGCGGCUCCAGCUGCUCCACCUGCAGCGCGCACGACCCAGCUGCGCCCGGCCUGAAGGCGGGGGGCUACCCGCUGGUGUACCCCGGGCACCCGCUGCAGCCCGCCGCGCUCUCGUCCAGCGCCGCCCAGGCCGCGCUCCCCGGCCACCCGCUCUACACCUACGGCUUCAUGCUGCAGAACGAACCGCUGCCGCACAGCUGCAACUGGGUGGCGGCCAGCGGGCCGUGCGACAAGCGCUUCGCCACCUCGGAGGAGCUGCUCAGCCACCUACGGACUCACACGGCCCUGCCCGGCGCCGAGAAACUUCUGGCCGCCUAUCCGGGGGCCUCGGGCCUGGGCAGCGCCGCCGCGGCCGCUGCGGCCGCCGCCUCCUGCCAUCUGCACCUCCCCCCGCCGACCGCCCCCGGCAGCCCCGGGUCGCUGUCCUUGCGGAGUCCACACACUUUGGGCCUAAGCCGGUACCACCCUUACGGCAAGAGCCACUUAUCCACAGCCGGGGGCCUGGCCGUGCCGUCCCUCCCCACAGCCGGACCCUACUACUCACCAUACGCGCUGUACGGACAGAGACUGGCCUCAGCCUCCGCGCUCGGAUACCAGUAACUACAGCCCUGCUUCCU